AUGACUAAAUUACGAAUUGCUGUUCAAGGUUGUUGCCAUGGUGAGUUAAAUAGUGUAUAUAGAACAGUAUCUCGAAUGAAUUCGACCAAAAAAAUUGAUUUACUUAUUAUCUUAGGAGACUUUCAAAGUAUCAGAUCACCAGACGAUUUUGAUUCUAUUAGUAUUCCACCCAAGUUUAGGAAAUUAGGUGAUUUUCAUAAAUAUUAUGAUAAUGAAAUAAGUGCGCCUGUACCAACUAUUUUCAUUGGUGGUAAUCAUGAGUCGAUGAGACAUCUCAUGUUAUUACCUUAUGGAGGAUAUGCGGCUAAAGAUAUAUAUUAUAUGGGAUACUCUAAUGUAAUUUGGUUCAAAGGGGUACGUAUUGGUUCAUUAAGUGGAAUAUGGAAGGAAUGGGAUGUUAAUAAACCACGAUUUGAAUGGAAUGUAUUAGAAUCACAACGUUGGCAAAGAGGUAUUAAAUCUCUUUAUCAUGUUAGACAAAAAGAACUUUUACCAUUAUUUAUGUUAGAUAACUCAGAAACCAGUAUAGAUAUUAUGUUAAGUCAUGAUUGGCCAAAUGAAGUAGUUUACUAUGGAGAUAUUGAACAACUAUUGAAAGUUAAACCUUUUUUUAAGAAGGAUAUUAACAAUAAGGAAUUGGGAAGUCCCAUUAAUAGUGAAUUAUUAAAUAGAAUGAGCCCUAAAUGGUGGUUAAGUGCUCAUUUACAUGUAAAAUAUAGAGCAGAAGUGAAUAAUGACCCUAACAAUGAAAUUGGUUCACCACAAUCUGAGUCCAACAACAAAAAUAUGGAUGAAAUUGAUUUAAAUUUGGAUUCAGAUUCAGAUAUAGAGUCCGAAUCAAACAAAGAAGAUAAUAAAUCAUCUAAGAUUACAUCGUUUUUAGCGUUAGAUAAAUGUAUGCCAAGAAGACAAUGGUUAGAAAUUAUUGAAGUGGAAGCAGAUAUAACUCAUCCAUCAUAUAUUAACGAUUCAAUGUAUUAUGAUCCUGAAUUCAUUAGUAAUUUACAAUUCUUGGAAAAACAUAAAGAGAUAUUAUAUUCAAAGAAAUUACAGGAUUUCAAUUGGGCUCAAUUGAAAAAACAGAAAAACGAUGAGAUAAACGACGAUAAUAAUAAUAAUGAAAUGGAAAACUAUAGAAUUGAAAAGUACGAAGAUCUGAUUCAAAAGAAAGAAGUCUUACAGACUGAUACAUUUAAGAAGAGAUUUUUUGAAACUAAAUAA